AUGUUAAUUUCUCGUCAAUGUAUUCGUCGAACCAUUCGUAAAUUUGAUGAAUUUCAUACAGUAGCUACAAAACCUGGUGCUGGGCGUCCUUUCAAACUCACAGAUCGUCAAAAACGAACGAUUAAACUUCAGCAACUUCGUGAUGAUACUGGUUCACUGAAUGAUCUCGUACAAUAUGCUCAUACCAAUUUAAACUUGUCGAUUAGUCGUGAAAUUGUCAGCCGUAUUCUUCGAAAUUUCGAUAUGAUUUCCUACAUCGCACCAAGGAAACCACGGAUAAUUCCAAUGCAACGACGUAAACGAAUUCAAUGGUGUUAUGAACAUUUGAGCUGCGCAGUGAAACAUUGA